AUGGACGGCAUGGAAGGUCUAGAAGACGAGGACGAUCUGAGACUCGUACAAGCAUCCGCUGGCCUGCUCAAUGACCUGCAAGAGUCUCUACCAAAACUCCUCUGGAAGCCCUCAAAGUCGGGUACAAGACAUGGCCCAGUCCAUCGACAGGUAAAGAGGCGGGAUCUUGACCAUGUGAUCAACUUGAUAGAACCCUUCCAAGGCGAUCCGCAACUGCUUGAUACCAAGUUGAAGUUCAUCCUACCACCUAUUGUUGAGGCCUACCUGCAGUAUAUAAGCCAGCCACUCAGCAGCCGGCCACUGGAGCAUGUCGACCUACAAACUGCGGUCUGCAAGAUCUUGUACGUCCUCUGCAAGGUCAGGGGUUACAAAGUUAUCGUUGGCUUCUUGAACAACGAGCCGCGAUACCUGGAACCGGUCCUUGACAGAAUGGAAGCCUCGCUCGCAGCCAAGGGUGACCAGUCGUCUGAAUGGCAGGUACAGUACAUCCUGCUACUAUGGCUGUCCCACUUGAUGCUUACACCGUUUGAUCUGGCCUCGAUUUCACCUGCUCGACCGCCUGGAGAUGCGGCGCCCAUUCCCAUUCUGGUGGAAAGGAUUCAGGAGGCUGGAGUGAAGCUACUGUCUUCCUCUACCAAAGCACAAGAUGCUGCGGCUACGCUGUUGGUGCGCUUGGUCACUAGGCCUGACAUGCUGAAACUUGGGCUAUGCACUUCCUUGAGCCCAAAGCUCUUACGCGACAUGUCCCCUAAACUGUCGUCCGACAGCACGAACAACAUAUACGAGCUCCUCGGCCCAUUACGCUUCUACGCCGGCAUUGCCAUGGCAUCGGCUGAUAAUCGACUUGGUGUUGUGGAUAUCUACAAGAACUGCUGGAAGCUGUCCGAAGAGUCAGACUCACGCCUGGCCAACAAUGCGGUUGCAAAAAAGCUAUUUGUGAAGAUUUUCAGGAACACUGCCAUUACGGCACUACGGGCUGCUUCUGUCCAGAGCAAAUUGACCUCAAUGUUAGAGACAUCGGGCCUUAUCGAGGAUGUUAUCGACUACCUACUUCGGUCACUCGGCGAUAGAGACACACCAGUCCGGUAUGCUGCCGCGAAAGCGCUCAGCCGGCUUGUGCUGGAGCUGGAACCGGCCCUGGGGCACGAAAUCAUCCAAGCCGUCCUGGACAUGUUCAAGGAAGACACGCCUAGGGACGCUGAAGCUUUGAAUUUCACUACAGCGAAUGCUCUCAAGUGGCACGGCUUGACUUUGACUCUCGCUCACAUGCUAUUCAAGCGCUCUGCAGCUCCGGAACAGCUGCCAGACAUCGUCAAUGCCCUGGUUUCAGCUCUGCAGUUUGAGCAGCGAACAGCGACUGGUAGCAGCGUUGGGACAAAUGUGAGAGAUGCUGCAAACUUUGGCUUGUGGGCAUUGUCGAGGAGGUACACGACCAAUGAGCUCCUCUCCGUCGAUGCAACAUUCCUGCAGACAGCUCUAACAAAAGGGGAAGACCAUUCAAUCAUACAAGUGCUAGCCACGAAUCUUGUGCUCUCCGCAUGUCUCGACCCCGUAGGCAACAUUCGCCGCGGCUCUUCAGCAGCACUCCAGGAGCUUGUCGGGCGGCAUCCCAACCAGGUCUCGGAAGGGAUUGCGUUGGUGCAGGUAGUCGACUAUCAAGCUGUUGGUCUACGCAGACGGGCAAUGGUUGACGUGGCCUCACACGCAGCCGCCCUUUCAGGAGAUCAAGGCAGCUACUGGACUGCCUUAGUCGAUGGUCUGCUCGGCUGGCGUGGUGUUGGAUCUCCUGAUGUGCCAUCCAGAGAAGCUGCUGCUGGUGGAAUAGCAGCACUGAGCCAUUCGAGCUUCGAAGCUAUCACGACUUUGAUCAAGACCGUGAAGACGCCUUUGCUACGUUGGCAGAAGGCCGAGGAGCUCCAUGGCCUAACGCUGUCACUGACAUACCUCCUUCUGAACACCGAGCGACGAGGUUUCACUAAAAAGGUAAUGGAACGUGGUGAGGUCGGCGCGCUACUGUCGAUGGUCGACGUCUACAACAUACUCUUCCUCAUUGCGAAAGGGACCAAGACCUUCACCGCUCGAAGCAUCCGGUCGGAACUGUCAAGCGCUAUUGCGAGGUUUCUGGCUGCCCUGUGCACGUCCUUGAUGGGCGUUGGCGAGCUCGCGGAUAUACCUAUCCCGCAUAUCGACCUACUUACGGAACGCCUCUUCACACGCUACGAGGACACCAUCCAGCAAGCGAUACCUGAUCUCGCUGUCGCUCUUCUCAACUUGAAGAGGAGGAUGGAGAUACACCUUACCUGCAUUGCGUCGAAGGCUUUGAGCAAGCAGGUUGCUAUCGACAGCUCGAAAAGCACAUUUAACGGUGCUUGUGGGGCCGUAGCUCUCGGUGCUCUAGCGGCUCGGUAUGGAGAUGGGCUGAAUGGGGAGGGUGCCGAGGCGGCGGUGUGGACGCUCGCAGCGUUGACGGAUGCUAUGAAUGUGGACUGGCGUGUUGUUGGAAUCAAGGCGCUUCGUCUUGCCGUCGAGGCGACUGCAGAGGAUGCAGCGGUUGAUGAAGAACUGGCGGGGAAACUGAUGAAUGCCGUGCACCGCGGGAUGAACGACUACACGAUUGACGAGAGGGGAGACGUUGGUUCUCUCGUACGGCUACAAGCUAUUGCAUGCACGUCCGCUAUAUUUGCGAAACUUGCUCUUCUCGAGCAACAAGAGCUUUACGAGCUGUUGCAAGCGGACAUUUAUCGGCUCUGCUUUGAGAAGCUGGAUCGUGUGCGCUUCGAAGCAGCGCAAUGCUGCUCUUACCACUUUGACUUGGAGGUCAAGACUGGCGAUGUGGCCAGUGUGUCGUCAGAAGAGUACUUCAUCCGAUGCUUGGAGCCUUUGACCCGGGAAGAGCCUGAGUGGAAGCACCGAGCUCUGCUCGAAGGCUGCAUCUCGUGCGCCGGCAUCAGUUCUGAGUCACUACUCCAAGCCUCUCGAGCCGCACUUGUACACACCCUCGGCGCCGUUCCUACGGCGCAGCUGACAACCCUGCUCGCCAUCUUCGCCGUCGUCCUCAAGACCCUGCUCCUCGACAACAGCACCAACACAAUGCAUCCCGCCCUCGAACUCCUCUCCUUCCUCCUCGACAUGCAGAUCCCACAAUGCCUCACCAACACCGACUUCAAAUGGCGCAACCUGCUCUCCACCAUCCAGAAAUCCCACCACAAGUCCAACGACAUACCGAAGAUCCUUGCAGCCGUCCACGUCUACCGCGGAAUGGCGGAUGUUCCGGCUGUGAGGGCAGAAGUGCUGAAGAAGUUGGUUAGUAUGUUGAAGACGAAUCCUUAUCCGAGGGUACGGCUGGCGGUGGCGGAGGCGCUGUGGGUUGUUACGGGGGAAGAGGGGUUGAGGGGACGAGAUUGGAUGAAGGGGGUUAAGGAGAAUGGGGACGUGUUGAGGGAGUUGGAGGGCAGGUUGGUUGGGGGAUGA